AUGAUGUUAACUACAACCAGCAAUGAUGAGAAUUCGCAACACCCCGGUUUACCCCUUGUGGUACCCGAGCAACAGUGCCGCUGUUUUACAUUUUCCGAGCUUAAAACAGCAACAUGUAACUUUGACGAGAAAUGGUGUGUUGGCCAAGGGGGAUUUGGGAAGGUAUAUCAAGGAGUGAUCGUUGAUGGGCCAACUCGUUAUAAUACAUGUGCUAUCAAGCGGUUGCAUUCCAUGUGCGAACAAGGAGCAUCUGAGUUUCGGGCUGAAGUCAUGAUGCUUUCAAGGCUGCGCCAUUGUAACCUAGUGUCUUUAAUAGGUUAUUGCAAUGAAGGGAAAGAGAUGGCCCUCGUCUAUGAAUACAUGAAGAAAGGAACCCUUUAUGAUCAUCUUCAUAAGAAAGGUACCCCUUUGACUUGGUCUCAACGACUUAAGAUAUGCAUAGGAGCUUCACGUGGACUAGACUACCUUCACACUGGUACUGGCACGGUACAUGGAGUCAUACACCGUGAUGUGAAAAGCUCCAACAUUUUGUUGGAUAGAAAUUAUGCAGCCAAGAUUUCAGACUUCGGGUUGGCGAAAGUAUGCCCGAUAAACAUGACACUUACACAUGUCAAUACAGAAGUUAAGGGCACGUUUGGGUAUAUGGAUCCAAAUUAUUUCGACACAGGCAGAUUGACAAGAAAAUCUGAUGUCUAUUAUUUUGGGGUCGUAUUGAUUGAGGUGUUGUGUCGUAGGCCUGCUUUAGACAGCAGUCUGGAUGAUGGUUUAGUAAAAUGGGUUCAAAACCAUAUCAAACAAGGGAAAGUAACUCAGAUUGUUGAUGUUAGUUUGAGGGAUCACAUUUCAAAGACUUCUUUAAAGGAGUUUUCUAGUAUUGCAAGUCGAUGUUUGCUUAGGUGUCCAAACAAGCGCCCUACAAUGAGCGAGGUUUUAGGCCAUCUUCAAUCAGCAUUGUCAUCUCAAGAAAGAAAAGAUUCUAGUGUAAACAAAUUGCGACCAUUUUGUUUGCUUGGUUCGUUCUCAAUAUAAAACCUGGUGCGGUUUGUUUGAUCAACAACGUGAAGUUAUAAGUGUUCUUGUUCUUUCACGAUCUGUAUGUAUGUCUGUAAUACAACAUGAAAGUAUA